AAAACUCUACAAAGCUAGAGGUUGAAAUACAAUUUGAGCUUGACAUUCAACAGUCGUUGAAUCAAUAUGUACGUGUCGUCGUUGAAGUACGUUUGUCUAAUUAUCGUUUGUUUUACGUUGGCACUAACGGAAGGUGCAAAACUUAAAGGAAAUGAAGUGCAACCGAGAAUUAUAGGAGGUCAUGUGGCCUUAGAGAAUUAUCCCUUUGUGGCGUCGCUUUUGGCGGAUACUGUAUUUGGACGUUUUCAUAGUUGCGGUGGUUCUAUUAUCAAUGAACGUACUGUGGUGACAGCUGCUCAUUGUUUGUUUUAUACAACUGCAUCUAAGGUUAAAGUGCAUGUGGGUGAAAAAUCUCGUGCAGUGCAAAAGGGUGAAGUUUACGAUGUUGAGGCGAUUUAUUAUCAUGAAAAAUGGACUAGUGCCACACAAGAUUAUGAUGUGGGUCUAGUGAGAAUAGUGGGUUCAUUUACGUUUGGUCCCCAUGUACAGCCCAUUAAAUUAGCUGGUCCCCGUUAUAAGAUACGAGAUGGCAGUUAUGCCACUGUUUUGGGCUGGGGUUACACCGAUGUUGAAGAACAAACGGCAGCGGAAUACCUAAUGGUAGGUCACGUACCUAUAGUUAAACAAACCACAUGUAAUCGUCAAAUGGGUGGUUUGGUUACAAAACGCAUGAUAUGUGCUGGCUUUAGAAGUGGUGGUGUCGAUGCUUGUCAAAUGGAUUCGGGUGGCCCACUGGUAGCCAACAAUAGACUUAUUGGUAUUGUUUCCUGGGGCAUUAGCUGUGCACAACCUAAUAAACCGGGUGUUUAUGCUCGAGUUUCGGAAUUAUUGCCGUGGAUUGAGAAUAUUUUAUUUAAGAAUUACAAUGAAAUUCUGUAAAACAGCAGUAAUUGAGACAAUAGAAAUAAAUGUAAGAGAAUAGUUGAAUAUGUAA